GCUAAGAUCAGGGAGAGAGGGAGAGCCUCACUGGGGAGGCGGGUGCCGACGAAACGGCUAUUAAUAUUGUUACCAAAGAAGAAAUUAAUUAUCAACUUAAUCGAAUGUCGGAAGUGGAGCUGAAGACACUACUCUGUGAAAAUCGGAGCGGUCCAGUUAAACUGUCCUAGCUUGGGGUUGUUGCCUGGGCAGUUCUCAGGUUCCUGGGACGAGGCGAGGGAAUCGCCGGGCUCGAGUCGGGCUCCUCCAUUCUCGGACUCCAGUUAGCUGCCUCAGCUAACGUGCCGCCGUUACUGUGGGAGAGCUGGCAGCGACCGCCGCCUCCGUCGCCCUUAUUACCAGGCGCUUACCGGCGUGUAGCACCGCAACUGGCGCGGUUUACUGAGGAACACGGACCUCACUUUUUCUCCAGCCGUUCGGUGCCAGUAGCGGUAAAUUUGCCGACCUACACAGACUCGUCACCCACCUUGCCUUCCCCCCCCGGACCCUCCCUCCCUAGCCGGCCUGCAGCCCCCGCUCGGUGCCGGGGUCAGACGGAAAAGAUACGGGGAUUACCUAGGCUAGAAGUAAGCGACGUGGAGAAGUAACAGGAGCCACCCAGCCUGUCCAGCCGCCGUCAAAACAGGGUGAGCGAAGCGCCCCGGUCACAAAAUCGGCGGUUCUCCGGGCGACGGACGGCGACUCAGCGAGGUUUGCUGGAGCCGCUCUGCUUGACAGCUUUCGUCCGCACCGUUUCAGGCACCGCGCCACGGACACGGCCUCGGCCUAACAGCCCCACCACGAACGAAGCCGGCGCUUCCAGUCCAGAGACCCGCGACACGUCGAACACUUAUCUUCGCAAACAUUACUUUUCUUAAAAGCAGCAAAGCGGCCCUCCGCCGUCAUUUUCGCCGCUCUUUCCACCAACUCCCGCAACAGUUGUUGAAAGUGAUGCUGUACAAACCCGCGGGAAAACGAGCGCUCGCCUCAGAGUCGACGGGAGUAUAAUAGAUAUUUUUUAAAAAAAAAAAAAGAAAAAAAGGGGGGCAGCAAAAUAUCGCGCGAGAAGGAGUGUUCGGUGCGCGCUGCGCUCAGAUGCCGCUUCGUUAGCGGUAGCUAACAGAGUAGCUAAAGGAGGCGACUCGCUCCGUCCCUGUUCAGUGAGCUAGCUAGCCGAUGUUAGCCAGUGUGCUAACUCCAGUUCCGUGGGACGGUCGCUGCUGAAUGUGGACUGGCAAAGAAUAGCUAUUUUCGCCCUUUAUUUCCCACAUAUUUUAUAUAUUGUAAUAUAUAAGACACGUUUCUGUUGGAGGAAAAGGCGGAGAGAGGACGUCCGGACGUGUAGCCAUGAGUAUCGAGAUUCCCGCCGGGCUCACGGAGCUGCUGCAGGGCUACACGGUGGAGGUGCUCCGGCAGAGGCCGCCGGACCUCGUCGAGUUUGCCGUGCAGUACUUCACCCGUCUGCGGGAGAGCAGGAGUCAAGACGGCGCCGGGCCGGGCGUUGCAGCCGCCGCCGCCAAGGCGACCGGGAAGGGGGUCAUGUUCGACGGGGAGCCCAUGCAAACCGAGUCGAAUGGGGACGGGGAUGAGGACGAGGACGACGAUUCCGACUUCGAGCCCCCCCCUCCGAGCAGAUUCAGCCGGAGAGUUUCAGUGUGCGCAGAGGCCUUCAAUCCUGACGACGACGAGGAAGACACGGAACCGCGUGUGGUGCACCCCAAAACAGAUGAGCAGCGCUGCAGACUGCAGGAGGCCUGCAGGGACAUUCUCCUCUUUAAGACCCUAGAUCAGGAGCAGUUCUCAGAAGUGCUGGAUGCCAUGUUUGAGCUUCGUGUCCAGCCCCAGGAGCACGUCAUUGACCAGGGUGACGACGGGGACAACUUCUAUGUUAUUGAGAGAGGAGUGUAUGACAUCCUGGUGCAGAAAGACGGCGUCAGCUGCUGUGUGGGAAAGUACGACAACAAGGGCAGCUUUGGGGAGCUGGCACUCAUGUACAACACCCCUCGUGCCGCCACCAUCAUGGCCACCACAGAAGGGGCAUUGUGGGCCCUGGACCGGGCCACGUUUCGCAGACUUAUUGUGAAAAACAACGCCAAGAAGAGGAAGAUGUACGAGACCUUCAUUGAGUCUGUUCCACUGUUGAAAUCUCUAGAGUUGUCGGAACGAAUGAAGCUUGUCGAUGUCCUGGGAGCGAAAGCAUUUCAGGAUGGAGAGCAAAUCAUAAAACAGGGCGAGAAGGCUGACUGUUUCUACAUCGUAGAGUCUGGGGAGGUGAAGAUCAUGAUGAAGAGCAAAACCAAGGCAGACCAGCAGGACAACAUGGAGGUGGAGAUAACACGUUGCAGUAGGGGUCAGUAUUUUGGGGAGCUGGCCUUGGUCACAAACAAGCCCCGUGCAGCAUCUGCCUACGCCGUGGGAGACGUGAAAUGCCUGGUAAUAGACGUGCAGGCAUUUGAGCGUUUGCUGGGCUCCUGCAAGGAGAUCAUGAAGAGGAACAUCGCCCACUACGAGGAGCAGCUGGUGGCGCUGUUUGGCUCCAGCAUGGAUCUGAGGGACUGACUUGCUCCCUGAUGUGCCUUACCUGCACACACAGACACACCCAGACACUCUACCAAGCUCAACCCCCCACACACACACACACACACACACACCUACACACACCUACCUAAUAGAUUCUCACUCCAUUUCCUCAAAUAUACUCCAGUGACUCCAGCCCUGGUUCAGAUGAUCUCCAUCCUUCUUUACACUCCAGCUCAUGCACAUUCAUUCACAGACAGUCUGUCACGCUUUCCUGCUCCGGUUUGUCGUCGCGGUGGCGUACAGCUGACAUAAAUAAAACUCAGUGAAAACUCUGAGAUAAAGCGGUGCAAAGGUGGUGUGGCCAUGCACUGGAACCUGAGCCAUCCAUGUUCUGGCACUACUGGAAGGGUGUGUGCAGAUGCAGCAUGAAUGUAAAGAGCGCUGAAGGCAGCCAGUGCCAUCUGAAGCACUCUCUCGGUCCAGGAUGAGGUAGACCUGGGCACUGGGGGCUUUGAGGGGGUUUUUAGCUGUAGUCUAUCACAUUGCUGCAGUAUUUUGAGCAAGUCCGCACCCCAAGCUCGCUCACUCACUCGCCUGACUUCAGUGGUUCAUCUUUUAUGUCGCUGUACAUGUCACGGAUGCAAGCAUCUCGCAGAGGUU